GCGCCCGCCCCCCCGCGCUGCUCCCGGAGCGGAGCGGAGCAGAGCCUCGCGCUGCGCCCGCCGCCGCCGCCGCCGCCCCGAGCGAGCCAGCCAAGCAGUAACAUAAAGAAGAGCUGUAGUAGAAGAGACAAGGAAAAAAGAAAAGCAGAGGAAUAUCAUCUUGUUCUCAAUAUAUUUAUACACGGCUCCGUUGGCUACAUUUAUAUGAUUAUUGUAAACAGCCUUUUUUGGUGAAAAGAUAAGUUGAACCUUUUCAGCACAAGAUAACUUAUACAUCUUAAGUAAUGAUGACAAAGAAAAGCAUAUCUGCAAGCAGAGCUCCAUUGAUUAUCUUUCUCUGCCAAAUGAUUACAGCAUUGGAAGUACCUCUUGAUUCAAAACUUCUUGAAGAAUUGUCACAGCCUCCAACGAUAACUCAGCAAUCUCCAAAAGACUACAUUGUUGACCCCCGGGAGAAUAUUGUAAUACAGUGUGAAGCAAAAGGAAAGCCCCCACCUAGCUUCUCAUGGACACGUAAUGGAACUCAUUUUGAUAUAGAUAAAGAUGCACGGGUAACAAUGAAACCAAACUCAGGAACCCUUGUAAUAAACAUAAUGAAUGGUGGAAAGGCAGAAGCAUAUGAAGGCGUGUAUCAAUGUACAGCAAGGAAUGAACGUGGAGCAGCAAUUUCAAAUAAUAUUAUUAUACGACCAUCCAGAUCCCCAUUGUGGACUAAAGAAAAACCAGAACCAAAACAAGUUCAAGAAGGUGAUUCUCUAGUACUUCACUGCAGACCUCCAAUUGGAUUACCACCCCCUAUAAUAUUUUGGAUGGAUAAUUCAUUCCAAAGGUUGCCUCAAAGUGAGAGAGUUUCCCAAGGUCUAAAUGGGGACCUUUAUUUUUCUAAUGUACGACCAGAAGACACCCGCGAGGACUAUAUUUGCUAUGCAAGAUUUAAUCAUACUCAGACCAUACAGCAGAAGCAACCCAUUUCUGUGAAGGUUUUUUCAACAAGGUCAGUUACAGAGAGACGGCCAAAUCUUUUGACACCAGUAGGUAGCACAAGUACCAAAGUGGAACUGAGAGGAAACACACUUCUGCUGGAGUGCAUUGCCGGAGGAGUACCCACACCAGUUAUUCGCUGGAUUAAAGAAGGUGGUGAAUUGCCUGCCAAUAGGACAUUUUUUGAAAAUUUUAAGAAAACUCUUAAAAUCAUAGAUGUUUCUGAAGCUGAUGCUGGGAACUAUAAAUGUGUAGCAAGAAAUGUGUUAGGAUCUAUUCACCAUACCAUUACAGUAACUGUCAAAGCUGCUCCAUACUGGAUAACAGCACCUAGAAACCUUGUAUUGUCUCCUGGAGAGGAUGGAACCCUGAUCUGCAGAGCUAAUGGCAACCCAAAACCUAAUAUUAACUGGCUAGCCAAUGGUGUUACCAUAGCAAUUGCCCCGGUAGAUCCUAGUAGAAAAGUGGAUGGUGAUACCAUUAUUUUCUCUGAUGUGCAAGAAAGAUCAAGUGCUGUCUAUCAGUGCAACGCUUCCAAUGAAUAUGGCUACUUGCUGGCCAACGCAUUUGUGAAUGUUCUGGCGGAGUCACCAAGAAUCCUGACGCUUCCUAAUACACUGUAUCAAGUCAUUGCAAACCAUCCUGCAUUGCUAGAUUGCUCUUAUUUUGGUUCACCUAAGCCUGAAAUUAAAUGGUUUAAAGGAGUGAAAGGUAACAACCUGCAUGGUGAUGAGUAUGUUUUCCAUGAUAACGGAACCUUGGAAAUUCCGGUGGCACAGAAAGAUAGCACGGGCACAUAUACAUGUAUAGCAAGCAAUAAAUUAGGAAAGGAAGAAAAUGAGGUCCAGCUAGAAGUUAAAGAUCCAACAAUGAUUAUUAAACAACCUGAAUACAAAAUCAUUCAGAGGUCUGGUCAAGUUUACUUUGAGUGUACAAUUAAACAUGAUUCUACCUUACUACCAACAGUCACAUGGUUGAAGGACAAUAGUGAAUUGCCAGAUGAUGAAAGGCUUAUUGUUGGAAAAGAAAAUUUGACCAUUUUGAAUGUGACUGAUAAGGAUGAUGGAACCUAUACCUGUGUUGCUAAUACUUCUCUGGACAGCGUUUCUGCAAGUGCUGUGCUCACUGUUGUUGCUCCUUCCCCAACUCCAGCUAUCAUUUACGCACAUCCAAACCCACCCUUUGAUUUAGAAUUGACAGGUCAUCUAGAAAGAAGCAUACAGCUUUCAUGGAUACCAGGAGAUGACAACAACAGUCCCAUUACAGAUUUUCUCAUUGAAUAUGAAGAUGUAAUGCAUGAACCAGGGGUAUGGCAUUACCAGACGGAAGUUCCUGGAACUCAGACAACUGCACAAUUAAAGCUAUCACCACAUGUUAACUAUUCGUUCCGAGUUAUAGCUGUCAAUGAGAUUGGUAGAAGUCAGCCAAGUGAACCAUCUGAACAAUACCUGACAAAAGCUGCAAACCCAGAUGAAAAUCCUUCUGGCAUUCAAGGGAUUGGCUCGGAACCUGAUAACUUGGUGAUUACCUGGGAGCCUUUAAACGGUUUUCAGUCCAAUGGACCAGGGCUCCAAUACAAAGUCAGUUGGCGCCAGAAAGAUGCUGAUGAUGAGUGGACUUCUGUUAUUGUUGCAAAUGUUUCUAAAUAUAUUGUGUCUGGUACACCAACCUUUGUUCCAUAUGAGAUAAAAGUACAAUCUUUAAAUGACUUGGGAUAUGCACCAGAGCCAUCAGAGGUGAUUGGACAUUCUGGAGAAGACUUACCAAUGGUUGCUCCCAACAAUGUGCAGGUCCAUGUUAUUAACAGCACACUAGCAAAGGUGCAUUGGGACCCAGUUCCCCUAAAAACAGUCAGAGGGCACCUUCAAGGAUACAGAAUUUACUAUUGGAAAGUGCAGAGUUUAUCUCAAAGAAGUAGACGGCAUGUGGAAAAAAAGAUCCUGACCUUUAAUGGAAACAGAACGCAUGGAAUGUUGCCAGGACUGGAGCCUUACAGCUCUUACAGGCUGAAUGUGAGAGUUGUUAAUGGUAAAGGGGAAGGACCAGCAAGCCCUGACAAAAUAUUUAAGACUCCUGAAGGAGUUCCCAGUGCACCUUCAUUUUUGAAGAUCACUGAUCCAAUGCUGGACUCUCUCACUUUGGAAUGGGGUUUACCCACUUACCCAAAUGGCAUUUUGACAGCAUAUAUACUGAAGUUUCAGCCAAUUAACAGCACACAUGAAUUAGGCCCUUUGGUAGAGAUCAGAAUUCCUGCCAACGAGACCAGCUUGAUAUUAAGAAAUUUAAAUUACAGCACUCGAUACAAGUUUUACUUUUAUGCACAAACAUCGGUUGGAUCUGGAAAUCAAAUAACUGAGGAAGCAGUAACAAUUAUGGAUGAAGCUGGUAUUCUCCCUCCUGCUGUAGGUGCAGGCAAAGGAUACUCAGAAACCUUUUUUGCAACCUCCCCUGUCUUGCAUACUGUCCGUCCAACAUUCUAUAAGGUGCGACCAGUUUAUCCAAGGAUCAGAAAUGUUUCUGCAGCUGCUGCUGAGACCUAUGCCAAUAUCAGUUGGGAGUAUGAGGGACCAGAUCAUGUGAACUUUUAUGUUGAAUAUGGUGUAGCAGGCAGCAAAGAAGAUUGGAAAAAAGACAUUGUAAAUGGUUCUCGGAGCUUCUUUGUGUUAAAGGGUUUAACACCAGGAACAGCAUAUAAAGUCCGGGUUGGUGCUGAGGGUCUGUCUGAUUUUAUGAGUUCAGAGGAUGUAUUUGAGACAGGUCCAGCCAUGGCGAGCCGGCAAGUUGACAUUGCUACUCAAGGAUGGUUUAUCGGUCUAAUGUGUGCAGUUGCUCUUCUUAUCUUGAUUUUGCUGAUUGUUUGCUUCAUAAGGAGGAACAAAGGCGGCAAAUACCCUGUGAAGGAAAAAGAAGAUGCACAUGCUGAUCCGGAAAUUCAGCCUAUGAAGGAAGAUGAUGGAACAUUUGGUGAAUACAGGUCCAUGUCUACGUGGACAAUAAAGAAAAAGGACAAAGAAAGGAAAAGAAAUGAUAUCUGUACCGUCAAAUCUUCUGAAGCAGACACUGGCUUUACCAAAGCAGCGUCUGUGAAAUCUGAGCGAUCCAACUUGUCCAGAAGGUCAGGAGAUCAUUCCUCCAGGACCAGAUCAGAGGCCUCCUUCUCCAGGAGAAGGGCUAGGCAGUCUUCAGAACUCUCAAGGGUUAGUUCUGUCUACACUUCCCUCUCCUGGGAGAAAAAGAAAUCAGACAAAUGGAAAUCCAGGGAUGACUCUAGACAUCAUGCUUCUCAGCAACAGAUAAUGGGGUCAGAAGAGGGCUCAGAUACUCAGGCAGGACAGCAUUCUCCCUUCCAACAACAGUCUAGCCAGGCCCAAGAUCAGGGGUCUCUGGCAGGACAACCUUCCUCAGUCCAGCGAUGGUUUAGCCAAACUCCAGACUACAGCUCAGACACAGAAGAUAACCAGUGUUCCCAUCACAGGAAGGUAAGGCCUUCACAUUUCUCUGAAUCUGACAAAAAUUCGCUAAUGAGAGCUGUAAUACUGCCUGAGAUUACUACCAUUUUAAAGGAUGCACUGACUGUGGCCAGGCACAGAAUGACCUCUUCUACUCAGGCUGGACUUUUUCCUGUAAAGAAUUCCAAAGCCACACACACAGCAGUUGCUCUGGUUCUUCCUGAAACAUCUGAGGACCAAUCUCAGAUCUUAAUGCGUGAAGGUAUGGACAGUUUAAACGAGCUAGUGGUUUCUGAUCUGGAGAAGUCUAAGGUUGACAGGGCAUUUGAAGAUGAAUUACCCACUGAGGAUGAGGAAGUCUCCCCUGAAUCCUCUGUGGAGGAACAGGAGGACUCAGAGCCCACACGUAAAUUUAACAUGGAAAAUCAGAAUUAUUUAUUUAAGCAAAUUAAGAGAGUGCUGAGGCUAAACCCCCCAAAAUCUGAACAGCAUUCAGAAGAACCACCUAUCCUCUCUGAAGAGGACAGGGCCCUUCCCAUCCACGCAGCAGUGGAGAAGCUGGUCUGUAGAACUUGGAAUAAUCCUGAGGCAAUACAUGAGGCCCCAACAGUUCUGCCUAAACUCUACCCUCUUCCAGCGGAUAAAGCUUCCUUAUGGGGGACUUUACCCAAAAUAGACUCUGCAGUGAUCAUUGGUGAUGCCAAAACCUCUCUACCUACUCACAUGGCUACUAGCCCUAAAGAUCUUAUUGAUAAAAAGGUUGAGUCAGCAAUUAAGAAAUCUUUCAAGUUAGCUGCAGCCCAACUUGGAGUGUCUAUCUAUUCUAUCCAUGCUUCCAGAGCCUUACUAAUCUGGCUGGAAAAAGAACUAUCCAGGAGCAAAUCCAGAGCCCAGCAGAGAACACACAGUCUCUGUAGAAUUGCUGCUAGUUUCAUCCAUGACGCAGCUGAGGAUUCUCUCAGGCUUACAGUUAAAAAUAUGGCAUGCCUCACAGUAGCCAGGAGGGCCAUCUGGCUACGCCCCUGGUCCUCAGAAUUAGAACUAAUGUGCCAACUGUUAUCUUUGCCAUACAAAGGAGGCAUGUUAUUUGGUGAUCCCUUAGUCCAGGCUCUUAAGAGUUACUCAGAGCAAAAGCAUUCUCUGCAUUGUCAGAAAAAGAAAAGAUCCUGCGCAAGCUCUUCAUUUUUCUAUUCUCGCAAAUGCCAGACCACCUGCCGCUCUCCUUCAAAAUAUAAAGGGGGAAAAGGAAUUUAUUGGGGCUCUCGAUCCUUUCCUGCGAACUACAUAAAGGAGUCACAUUUUCAAAGAGACAACAGAUCCACCAAGAGGAAUUUUCUGACUAUAUAAUGCUGUUUCUCAGUGUUUCAGGAACCAGCAUGGAUGGAAUUCUUUUAAAUGCUCAUCAAAUGGACUCUGAUACUAAUGGCUGCAUAUAUCAUUUAAUAGUCUGAAUAGGUUUGAGGCCAGAAUCUGUAGAAAAAUCUUUUGUUCUUACUGAAUUUCUUCUCCAGAGAAAAAAGCAGAAAACAUCAUCAACUCUGUCUUAGUUUUUAUAAAUUCAGGCUGCGAUAUUAAGCCUUAGUGAAGAAAGAAAUCUAGGUGACUGCUCUCUAGAAUUAAUUCUGAAUUUCAGAUGGCCCAGUCAGUUUGUAAAAAAGAAAAAAAAUGAUGUUGAAUUGUCCCUAACGGUCAUCAGGAAGUAUACACAGUAAAUUCAUAGAAUCCUUAUUUAUGCACAUUAUACUUGUAUCUCAGUACUUACAUUUUCAUUCAACAGCAUUUUCAGUAUCAUCCACUUCCACUGUUUCAGAUUCUCUCAUGUUAUUCUCCAGGGUCAUGGUGGAAGUGAUUUUAAGAAAGUAUAAUCUUGUAGUUAGAGAACAGGCAGUUUCAAACAAGGUACAAAUAAUUAUUUUAUCAGUUAAUAGCUUCAGUGAAGUCACAGACAUCAGCUUUAAGAGGUUUGGGUGUCACAUUCACGUUCCAGACUUCCUAGAACCUAGCACAGAUGUAGUCUUAGACUUGAUUCAGUUAAGUACUCAUCAGUUGUCACUUCCCCAUCUGAGGGUACAGACUGUGCAGCCUUUAUGAACUGGUUUAGCCUAGUAGUUUGUCAAACUAUCCCUUUGCCCAAAUCAGGAAGGCAAUGGUACAUAGUGACUGGAGAUGCAAGCAUACCUUGACUGUCACCAGUCACAUAGGCUAGGGACAGACCUUACAUAAACCAGUUUAAGUGAUCAGAAACUGGUUUAAACCCAUAACAGAACAGAUGUUUAGUGCACAUAAACCAGUUUAAAAAUGGCUGAAACCAGUUUGAGAUAAACCUGGUUGAAUGUAGUAUCAGACUUAGCUGAUUUGGCUCAAACUGAUUUAUGCAAUGUCUGUCCCAGACCCCUUCCUGGUUUAACAUAAACCAGAGUCCCCCAGCAUCCCACGUGUUUUGCAGCACUGGGCAGGGCUCGCUGCUCCAGCCAGCAGGGCUGUCCCUGCCCCUCUGCUCCCUAGGUGGAUCUCUGGCAGAGAUGGCAGGCACAGCAGCGUCUGCCUGGCUUCCCCUUGCACCCCCACCUCCCCAUCACCACUUGCUGCUCAAGCAGGGAUUCACCCCUUCCCCUCUCCUACAGCCCGGACUGUAGCCAGCAUGUGGUAUGCUAGCUAAUGCUGAGAGGUAUCUGUGUAAGGCAGACAAGACAAAGGCAGACAGGACAGUGUCUACUUAGGGCUAUUUUAGAGGUAAUCAGCAAGUAGCUGGUAAUGUGCCUCUGUUCCUUCCUUGGAAAAAGUUGUUUAAGAAGAGUUUGAACUAAUGAGAGAAGCUUUUGUUUUCUUGAUGGGCUGAUAAAUGUUCUGUUAUCCACUCCCUGCUGGACUGGUCAGGAGCAGUGAGUUUUUUGUUGUUUUUUUUUUUUUUGGGGGGGGGGGGG